GUCUCCAACCCAAACCUUGCCAUCAUAACCAUAACCAUCCUCCUCAUGCUUCUAAACAGGGCAUGCUCAUUAAAUUCCCUUGGUUUCAGCUUCGAUAACUACUUCCAUCAAGAAGAAAGAAACCUAAUCUUGCAAGGUGAUGCAAAGAUUUCACAAACCAACACACUCCAACUCACCAGCACCCCCAAAAAAGUUGUUGGACGAGUCUUGCACUCGUUUCAAUUACAGCUAUGGGAUAAAAGCACAAACAAACUCGCAAGCUUUGACUCACAAUUCAGCAUUGUGCUCACAUCCCCGGUCCGCGGUCCGGCCGAUGGGAUCGCCUUCUUCAUCACAUCGCCGAACUCUACCGUACCACAGAAUUCCGGCGGAGGUUACUUAGGGCUUUUUAAUUCUAAGACAGCCCUAAGUAACACUUCGUCGAACCAAGUGGUCGCGGUUGAGUUUGACACGUACAUUAAUCCUGCUUAUGAUCCAAAUUACAAUCACAUUGGAAUUGAUAUUAACUCCAUUAAGUCCUCAAAGCUUGUUAGAUGGGACAGGAGGGAAAAUGAAACCCUUGAUGUAUUAGUAUCAUACCGUGCCGAGAAACAAACCCUAGAAGUCAAAGCUAAUUACCCGGAUGGUCAAAGUUAUGAGGUGUCUCAUGAGAUUGACUUGAGGACUGUGCUUCCAGAAUGGGUUAGGGUUGGGUUCUCUGCUUCCUCUGGAAACCAAUAUCAAUCGCAUAGCGUUCUAUCAUGGUCUUUCUUUUCUGGUUUGUAUUACAGUGGUCACAAGAACGAGUAUCUUGCAAGUGAUAUGUGA